AUGGCAAACCCAGCAGCCAAGAGAAUUAUGAGAGAGAUACAAGAAAUGCAAUCGGAUCCAUCUCCAGAUUAUACAGCUGCACCAUUAGAGGAUAAUAUGUUUGAAUGGCAUUUCACAAUAAGGGGAGCAAGUGGAACUGAUUUCCAAGGUGGAAUUUAUCAUGGUCGUAUCAUUCUCCCUGCAGAGUAUCCUUUCAAACCACCCAAUAUCGUAUUGUUGACACCAAAUGGAAGAUUUCAAGAGGGUGCAAAGAUCUGCUUGUCGAUAUCGGCGCAUCAUCCAGAGACAUGGAUGCCAUCGUGGAGCAUUUCUACAAUUUUGAUUGCAUUGAUUGGGUUCAUGCCAACAGAAGCUAAUGGUGCAGCUGGUGCUGUCGAAUACCCACCAGCAGAGAGAAAGUUAUUGGCAAAUGCAUCGUUACAUUGGAGUUGUUCAAAGUGUGGAGUACAUAAUAGAACAGCACUACCAAAGAUUGAAAAGGCUCCAACUACUGAUAAUAGUAGUAGUACUACAAGUACAACUUCAACUACAUCAACUACUUCUACAUCAUCAACUACUACUGUUGAUACUGGCUCAUCAGAUGAUGUUAUUGAUGCAACCAAAGAAGAACAACAACAACAACAACAACAACAACAACAACAACAACAACAAGAUAAUACUAAUAACAAUCAAGAAGAAGAGAUUAGUAAUGUAAAUAAUAAUAAUAAUAAUAAUAUAAAUGAUGGAGAACAACUCAACUCAAUAAGAGCCGAGCCAAAACCAAUAGAGGCCAAUGAAUCAACAGUGGAUACAAAACAUUUCAAUACAACUAAUUUAUCAACGUCGUCACCAUUAUCAUCCACUACUCCUCCCAUUCAAACUCAAAUUACAACACCAAAGCCAAUGGCACCAAAAUCUACAACACCACCACCACAACAACAAUCCAUAUCUACAACACCUACCAAGUCUUCUACAACACCAAAACCAAUGACACCAAAAUCUACAACACCACCAGCGGCAACCUCUACACCAAAUAACAAUGGUUCACCUAGAUUGGUAUCAAAUACUCUACAACCACCAGCAGCAACAACAGCUGUGGCUGCUGGUCAGGUGACUAGAAGAAAUAUUGCAGCAGAUCCAGUGGUAGCAGCAGCAGCGGCACCAGUUCAAGCCGCCAAUCAAGCUGUAAAUUCCCCACCAAGCACAACUAGUCUCGAUAGACUUAUUAUCAUUGUAUUUGUUAUAUUCCUUAUUCUUUUAUACAGAAAGUUUUUCUAUUAA